AUGGAACAGGCAUUGCAGGCUCAACAGGUUCCUGAAAAGCAAUGGGCUAAGUUUGGAACUUAUCAGCUGCAAGUCAGAAAUGGCAAGGAGCUUGAAUUGAUGCAAUUAAAGCAGGGCCAGAUAACUGUUACUGAGUAUACUAAUAGGGUGGCUGAGAAAUGUGUGAGAAAGGUGGCAACAGAGAAAGGAAGUUUGAGGGUGCCUUUUCAGAGGCCUUCAGGGAAGAACUUUGCUCUGAGAGGGAAGAAGUUUUGGGAAGCAACCACAGUAGGAUCUGAACUGUCAGAAGUGUGGAAACCCGGGUAUUUGGCGAAUAAUUGUCCGGUGAAGAAGAAGUAUGAGACUGGUAGGGUACAGCAGCCAGGGAGAGUGUAUACCGCUUCUGCAGCAAGUGUUGAGGGAUAUGAGACACUGAUUAGAAUAUUAGGUGAUGAUCAGAGUUUAGAGCAGAUUCCGAUUGUAUGUGAAUUUUCAGAUGUGUUUUCGGAUGAUAUUAAUGAAUUCCCACCUUACCAGAAGGUUGAAUUCGCAAUUGAGUUGGGAGCGCCAGUGUUACUGGUAAAGAAGAAGGACGAGAGUAUACACUUGGGCGUCAAUUAUCGGCAAUUGAAUAAGAUCGCUGUGAAGAAUAAAUAUUCGCUGCCUAGAAUCGACAACCUAAUGGAUCAGUUACAAGGUGCCAGUGUGUUUUCUAAUAUUGAUUUGCGAUCAGCGUAUCAUCAGAUAAGGGUUAGAGAUGAAGAUAUUCCAAAAACUACUUUCAGGACAUGUUAUGGUCAUUAUGAGUAUACGGUGAUGUCUUUUGAAUUGACUAAUGCUUCGGCAGUAUUCAUGGAUUAUAUGAACAGGAAUUUCUGGCUGUACCUAGACAAGUUUGUUAUUGUUUUCAUUGAUGAUAUUCUUGAUUACUCAAAGAGUGAGGAGGAGCAUGCUGACCACUUGCAAAAUGUGCUGCGAAUUCUGAGAGACAGGAAUUAUAUGCUAAGUUAUCUAAAUGCGAGUGCUGGAAGAGUGAGGUGA